GCGAAUUUAUUUCUCUUAACUGCGCAUGCUUUCGAGCGGUUUCUCUGUGACAAAAAAAACUCUGAUAAUUAACUAAAAUUACUUCUAGAAAACGAUUAUUAUUUCUCUUUAGGAAUUUUUAAAUAAUUUUCUACUCUAUUAAUUAUGGGAGACGAUAGAUUAUUGCCACCUCCAGUAUUUUGGGCACAAAGAAAGAACUUACUUUACGUUAAAGUACAAUUGGAAGAUUGUCGGAAUCCUACAAUAAAAGUUGAAAAGGACAGAGUUUAUUUUAAGGGAAAAGGUGGAACUGAAAAUAAGGAUCAUGAAGUAACACUUGAAUUAUUUAAAGAAAUCAAACCUGAAGAAUCUAAAUAUUCAGUACGAGACAGAGCUACCGAAUUUGUUUUAAUUAAAGCAGAAGAAGAAUACUGGAAAAGGCUUCUUAAGGAGGAUAAAAAGUUUCAUUGGUUAAAAGUUGACUUUAACAAAUGGAAGGAUGAAGAUGAUUCAGAUGAUGACGUUGAUAGUACAGAUUUUGAAGAGAUGAUGCGCAAAAUGGGUGGAGGAAGUGAGGGUGCUGACCUUAAUUAUGAUGAUGCCCCUGAGGAUAGCGAUGAUGAAGAACUUCCUGAUUUAGAGUAACAUCACAUUGUGGAAGAGCUUCAGUUUACAGACUGUAAUAUUCACAUUUAAUUUUCCUUUCAUAAGUCACAUUUUUUGAUAAAAUGUAUAAAGCAAUUGUGACUUUGAAAAAGUUUUAAUUGUUGCAUACUUCUAACAAGCAAGUUUCAUUCCAUUUGAAACUGCAUGCUGUUGCCUGCAUUGCUCGUGCCAAGCAUGUAUAAAAGCUAUGCACUUUCCAGCAAAAUGUUUUCGUCACACCACAUUUCAUAUUGAGUUAAAGAAAUCUUUUUUUUCUGAAGUUUUUCUGCUACUCGAUUCUGUAUGAAUCUUCAUUUUUUUUUUAAUUUUUUCCCCUUUCAAAUCAGCUGAUAAUAUGUAAACUAGGUAUUUUGUUAAUUGGCAGUUAAUGUACAUUUGCUCUGUUUAUUUCAAAUAAAAAUAGUAAAUAACCA